AUGCCUGCCUCACACCCGUUGGCUCCCAACGGCAACCUCAAGGUCUUGACUGAAAGAGGCCAGUCUUGGGACUACCAGAACGACAAAAUCCGAGGCGUCAACCUCGGUGGCUGGUUCGUGUUGGAACCCUACAUCACCCCCUCCUUGUUCACCUCGUUCGAAAAAGGCGCCGACCAAUCGCAGGUGCCUGUGGACGAGUACCACUUCACCAAGCAGUUGGGCAAGCAGUUGGCCGAGUCCAGAUUGCAGGCGCACUGGAGCUCGUGGUACACCGAAAAAGACUUCGAACAAAUCCAAUCUUUGGGACUCAAUUUCGUGAGAAUCCCCAUCGGGUACUGGGCGUUUGAGCUCUUGCCCAACGACCCCUACGUCCAGGGCCAGGUGCAGUACUUGGACCAGGCAUUGGCGUGGUGUCGCCAGUACAACUUGAAGGCGUGGGUCGACUUGCACGGCGCGCCAGGGUCGCAGAAUGGGUUUGAUAACUCCGGAUUGCGCACCACCAUCGACUGGCAAAACGGCAACAACGUCCAGGUCACCUUGAGCGUGUUGGACACUAUCUUCGAGAAGUACGGUAACGGUAACUACUCGGACAUUGUCAUUGGCAUUGAGUUGGUCAACGAGCCCUUGGGCCCUUCGUUGAACAUGGACGAGAUCAAGGACUUCUACCUCCAAGGCUACAAGAACUUGAGAGCCACCGGCUCCGUGACCCCCGUCAUUCUCCACGACGCCUUCCAACAGCAGCAAUACUGGAACGGUUUUGCUACCGUUGAAAACGGCGACUACUGGAACGUGGUCAUCGACCACCACCACUACCAGGUGUUUGCAGCCGACCAGCUCUCGUGGGACAUCGAUCAACACGUGCAGGUUGCUUGCGGCUGGGGUAAGGACGCAUUGAAGGAAGACCACUGGAACGUUGCGGGCGAAUGGUCCGCUGCCUUGACCGACUGUGCUCUCUGGUUGAACGGUGUAGGCCGUGGUGCCCGUUGGUCCGGUGACUACGACAACGCCCCAUACAUUGACUCCUGUGAUGCAUACACCGAGGAACAAAACUGGUCCUCCGAAUAUAGACAAAACGUCAGAAAAUACAUCGAGGCCCAGUUGGAUGCUUUCGAGCAAACUGGAGGCUGGGUGUUCUGGAACUGGAAGACCGAAAACGCGGUUGAGUGGGAUUUCCAAAGAUUGACGGAAGCCGGAGUCUUCCCUCAACCAUUAAACAAGAGACAGUAUCCUAACCAGUGUGGUUUCUGA